GUUCUUCUACGAGCUCACAAGAAAUGGCGAGAAAUAUCUUUACUUUCGAGCAAGAAAAAUGACGAAAGUUGAUCGUGUUUGGGCUGCGUUAGCUAUCGUUUUUCUUUUCAUUUUUGUGACGAAAGUAUACGGGCUUGGUCCUCCCGUGUUUGCAGCACUCUCGUACACAGGCACAAUCAAUGAAAACUCUCCUGCAGAUACAACGGUUGCAGGGAUUUCCAUACUGGCGAUUGACCCAGAUGGGGAUGCAAUCUCUUACAGCAUUACUAGCUCAUCUGGGCCAUUUAAAUUGAAAAGUGAUGGUACAAAAGUGCUUACUAAUGGGCAGAGUAUUGAUUAUGAGACUACUAAUUCGUAUACUUUGACUAUACAAGCAUCAGCUGCAGGUCUCACGGCAACAGUUACAGUAACAAUCAAUGUUGUCAACGUUAACGAAGCGCCGGCCUUCGAUCAUUCCACGUACACUGCUAGCAUCAGUGAGAACAGCGUCAAUGGGACAGACAUUAUCAUGAUACCUUCGACAGAUGUGGACAGUGGUGACACUCUUGCAUACACACUCUUAGGGACAGGCUCAUCAAGUUUUAGUGUACUGAGUACAGGCGUCAUAGAAGUUUCAGGGAGUCUUGACUUCGAGUCCAAGUCAACCUACACUCUGACCAUCAAGGCUGCAGACACAGCAGGGCUGUUUGUUACUGCAACAGUCAUCAUCUCAGUGACGGACGUCAAUGAAAACCCCACGUUCAGUUCAGCGCCAUAUUCAGCUACUGUAGCUGAGAAUAACGCUGGUGCAAGUGUUGUGACCGUAUCUGCUACUGAUGUCGAUGCAGGUAACACUGUAUCUUUCGGUCUGUCUGGAUCAGGAAGUUCAGACUUCGUCAUCCAUGCGACCAGCGGUGUCAUCACAUUAAGCCAGGCGCUUGACUAUGAAAGAAGAUCGUCCUACUCUCUAACAGUCGCAGCUUCAGAUAGCAACGGAGGCUUGGCUACAACGUCUCUGACAGUCAUCGUAGCCAAUAGCAACGACUUACCUGUGUCAAUUAGUAGUUUGUACGCUGCGACUAUAGACGAAGACGUUAGUGUUGGGACGAAAGUGGUUCAAACAUCAGCGACAGAUCAAGACGGGGAUUCGAUUACUUACAGCAUAUCUGGUAGCUCAGACUUUAAUAUCACAAGCACUGGUAUGAUCACGACGGCCAAGACCCUGGACUUCGAGACUACAUCAAGCUAUAGCCUGACAGUUUCCUUCUCCGACAGCGUAGCAACGGUUACUAAGACUGUAUCUAUCACCGUAGUGAAUAAAAACGAUGCCCCUAGCUUACCGAGCACUCCGUACACCGCAAGUGUUGCAGAAGAUGUGGCAGUUGGUACAACGGUAUAUAAUGUGAGCGCGAUCGAUGCCGAUGCCAAUUCAAUGGUUUAUUCGGUAUCUGGUGCUGGUUCGACACAUUUUUCUAUCAAUUCACUGACUGGAGCAGUAACAACAAGUAGAGUAUUAAAUUACGAGGCUGCGACGUCUUAUUCACUAGCAGUCAGGGUAACAGAYGGGAAUGGCGGAGAAGCAACAACGAGUCUAACAAUUACUGUGACUAACACUAACGACUCACCAGCAUUUCUUGGGGCACCUUACUCAACAACAGUUGAAGAAAACUUAGUUAGUGGYACCAGUGUAUUGAAAAUAUCUGCUCUCGAUGAAGAUUCUGGCGAUAGCCUUACGUACAGYUUAUCAGGUACAAAUAAUGGACACUUUUCUAUUGGUUCGAGCUCUGGAUUGAUAACAACUGCACAAACUUUGGACUACGAGUCGACGAGCUCAUACUCCUUAACUGUAUCGAUAUCCGACGGAACAGCUUCAACUUCAACAACUAUUUCCAUAACUGUGAUCGAUAGAAAUGAUUCGCCGGUGUUCUCAAACUCUCCUUAUUCGUCAACCGUSAACGAGAAURCUGCUGGRUCAGCGGUAUACACUGUAAGCRCGACUGAUGCUGAUACUUCUGACACCAUUACAUACUACUUAAYCGGAACCGGAAGUGCAGAUUUUAUUGUUAACCCCUCAACCGGUGUGGUCACCCUUACUAGAGCUCUUGAUUAUGAGAGGUUAUCUUCCUAUUCUUUGACUGUGUAUGCUAUUGAUGGUCAAGUUGGUGCAUCGACRAAUCUUAAUAUCACGGUCAAUGAUGUGAAUGAUGCACCAGUGUUUCUGGGCACUGCCUAUUCUACUCAAGUCCUAGAGAAUCAGUCAUCRGGGACAAAGGUUUUGAAAGUAACAGCCAGUGAUGAAGACACUUCAGAUAUCUUGACGUAUUCACUGAGUGGUACUAAUAAUAACCAUUUUGCUAUUGGUGGAUCUACUGGAGUCAUAACAACUGCUCAGGUUCUGGAUUACGAGUCCGUAAGYUCCUAUUCGUUGACGGUUACAGUAAGCGAUGGCACYACCUCAGUAACCUCGCCAGUGUCUAUCAGCGUUACUAAUGGCAACGAUUCUCCAACCUUUGUUAGCGCAUCUUACAAUGUUAGCGUUAAUGAGAACGAUAUCAGCGCGACUGUUUACACAGUUGUUGCUACGGAUCAGGAUUCUGACACCAUAACGUACUCCCUCUCUGGCUCUGGAAGCACUUCAUUUUCCAUACACUCGACAUCAGGUGUGGUUUCACUUGCUUCAUCAUUAAAUUACGAGCAAGUCUCGUUAUACACUUUAACAGUUCACGCAUCAGAUGGACGCGGGGGUACUGCAACAACAAGCCUAACAGUCAACGUACAAGACCAGAACGACCACCCAAUCUUCCAGGGUACUCCAUAUACUACAUCCGUUAAUGAGAAUCUUGCUAUUGGAAGCGCUGUCUUUAGAGCAAUAGUCAGUGAUGAGGAUUCAAGCGAUAGCCUAACGUACUCUCUGUCUGGUACCAAUAGCUCACACUUUCAGAUUUCCUCAAGUGGGGUGAUUCAAACUGCAGCGGUCCUUGACUUUGAAACAAUUAAUUCGUAUUCUUUGACUAUAGCAGUGUCGGAUUCGACAAUUACAACAAACCAGCAAAUGACUGUGAAUGUUAAUGAUGUCAAUGAUAGCCCAGUUUUGACUAAUGGUCCUUAUACAGUGUCAGUAGAAGAGAACAAUGCUACAGCUUCUGUUUAUACAGUUACAGCAACAGAUGCUGAUAAUGGUACUCUAAGGUAUUACCUAACGGGUCCUGGAAGUGAUWURUUCUUGUUGAACUACCUGACUGGCCUUGUUACCCUGACGCAAGCAUUGGACUACGAAUCAAAGRCRUCUUACRCUCUUUCAGUUCUUGUUUUUGAUGGUAACGRUGGAUCCAACGCGACCACGUUGACARUCAAUGUUGUCAAUCAAAAUGACCCCCCAUCGUUCCUYAAUACUCCAUUCAGUGUGUCUAUAAAUGAAGACACUGUGUCUGGGAGUAGAGUGAUCCAAACUUCUGCAUCAGAUCAGGAUUCUUCUGAUACACUAACUUACUCUAUUAGUGGAUCCAAUAACGGACACUUCAGUAUCUCCAACACCGGCAUAAUUAGCACAUCCCAAGCACUUGACUUUGAAAGUAUCAACUCGUACUCACUUACAGUCAACGUCAACGAUGGAACAGUAACUACAUCGACUCCAUUGACUAUAAGUAUCAAUAACAUUAAUGAUGUUCCAGUCUUCAGUGCCGCACCUUAUAAUGUCUCUAUUAACGAAAACACCACUUCUUCUACAAGUAUCUUACAAGCCUYGGCCACAGACCAAGAUGGCGACACGUUGAUAUUUUCGUUUAUAGGAAUGACGAGUUCUGAUUUUACUAUUCAUAGCAGUACUGGAGUUAUAAGUACGGCUGUAAAAUUAAACUACGAAAAGACAGCGUCAUAUACUCUCAACGUCCAAGUUGACGACGGAAAGAGCGGAAAAAYCUCAACUACGGCUUCCAUAUAUCUCGUAGACCUCAACGACGAGGUUCCCAUAUUUGGAAGCGCGGUUUAUAAUGGUCACGUGACAGAAAACGCGGCAACAGGCACUUCGGUAAUGGUUGUCACGGCCACAGAUCAAGAUUCMAUUGACAGCACGCUGACCUACAGUCUUGCUGGCUCAGAUAGUACGCACUUUUCAAUCAGUAGCAGUGGUUUGAUUCAAACUGCGUCUGCAAUCGAUCAUGAAUCAAUACAAAGCUACUCUCUGACCUUGACCGCCACUGACAAUAGCGGGAAUACUGGAACAACAACUGUAAUCAUCUCCGUAGUCAAUGCAAUCGAUAACUAUCCGGUAUUCGAUAAAGCAUCGUAUGGUGCGAAUGUUUCCGAAGACAGUAGCCCAGGGACGAGCGUGUUACGAGUCACGGCGACUGAUGCAGAUUCUGGAGAUAAGGUUAUCUACAGUAUUUCAGGCGCAGACAGCUCCAAUUUCACCAUCAAUGAGAACACCGGGGUCAUAUUCACAAAUGUAGGCCUUAAUCGAGAAGCAAAAGAUUCCUACGUAUUUACUAUGACUGCUACAGAUAAGGGUUCUCAGUCCUCCACAGCUACCGUUACCAUAGCAAUAACGGAUAAAAAUGACAACAGUCCAGUGUGUAGCCAGGCUGUUUAUACUGCUUCUGUAUCAGAGAAUGCGACCACUGGUUUAUCUGUGAUAACAGUUUCAUGUCCAGAUAUUGAUGCUAAUAAUAACGGCCAGGUAACUUACAGCAUAGCAUCAGGAGAUGGYGGAAAGUUUACGAUUGAUUCAAACACUGGAGUCRUUAGCACCUCAGCUGCGCUUGACUAUGAGUCCACGUCUUUCUAUACAAUCAACAUCCAAGCCAGUGACACAGGAAGCCCACCAAAGCAGACUACCACAUCUGUUAUCAUUGACAUUCAAGGGAUCAAUGAACACGCACCUUCAUUCAUCCCAAACAACACAURUCAACUAUCAUUGGUCGAGGACAUCUCAAUUGGACAUGACGUCAUAACAGUGUCGGCGAAUGACGCAGAUGGRGGAAUACAAGGCCAGGUCACUUAUGCAAUCACUAGCGGAAAUACAUACGGGAACUUUGCAAUCGAUAGGACAAAUGGACUGAUAGAAAUUCGCAAAAACUUAGAUUAUGAAACUACUUCACAAAUACAACUGACAGUUGUUGCCACAGAUGGAGAUACCGGAAGCCCUUUAAGUGCUACGGCAACUGUYGUAGUCAACAUCGUUGACAGUAAUGACAACUCUCCCGUAUGUAGCCCUAGUUUAUUGACGCCUGCAGUUCUAGAGUCAGCGGUGCCUGGGAGUGCGGUUGUGACGUUGAACUGCAGUGAUGCUGACGAAGGGUCCAAUGCUGAGCUAUCCUAUACUAUUACGAAUGGAAAUUCUGCUGGUACAUUUAACAUCUCCAGCAGUGGUUACAUCAGCACGGUGCUGCCUCUGGACUACGAAUCCACYCAGACAUACUCACUAACAGUUACUGUCACAGAUAAGGGAAUCGCUCCAAAGUCUUCCCAAGUUACAGUCAUAAUAGCCAUCUCUCCAGUCAAUGAACAUACACCAGUAUUCACAAGCAGUGGRWCUUAUUCGGUCUCAGUUGCAGAGGAUAGUAUCGCGGGCUCAGAGCUCAUCAGGGUAACUGCCAAUGACGCAGACAGCUCGAAUACCGCUCACGGGAUCGUAUCCUAUGCCAUCUUAAGCGGAAAUGAUGGGAAUAUAUUUCAUAUUACUCCAGACAGUGGAGCGAUUUCAAUAAUGAGAUCUCUAGAUAGAGAGAGUGCGUCGUCCUAUUCACUGGUAGCCAAAGCAACGGAUGGUACAAACGAAGCAAAUGCUACAGUGUUGAUAACUGUGUCAGAUGUUAAUGACAAUYAUCCGGUGUGUAGCCCAACGUUUUAUGCGGCAAGCAUCAGUGAAGAUGCAGUGGUUGGUUCGAGUGUUGUACAGGUUACGUGUAUUGACAGCGAUGAAGGAAUCAACGGCUUGUUGGUGUUCAGCAUUAUUUGUGGUAACACAAAUACUGAUCUAUCAGUGGAUGCUAAUGGUACUAUUCGAACAGCACGURCUUUGGAUUAUGAAACAACGCCUUCUUACGUCAUAACUAUCAAGUCACGUGACUCAAGCAGUCCCAGCAGCACACAGAAAUCCGUAACAGUGGAGGUUACCAUUGACGUCAUGCCUGUGAAUGAGCAUGCGCCAGUUUUUACAUCCCCGAGUUACGCGUAUAGCGUUCAAGAGGACACAGCCAUUGGGACGUCAUUGCUUAGGGUCACCGCCACUGAUGCGGAUGAUGGACUGCAAGGCGAGAUAUCCUACUCCCUGUUACCAUUAUCAGCACCAUUCUACAUCGACACAUCAAGUGGUAUCAUACGCAUCAAGAACAAACUUGAUCGGGAAACCAGCGCAUCAUCAACACUGACGGUCACUGCUCAUGACAGCGAUCCAGUAACCRCUGAUCRGCGAUCAACUAACGUCAGUGUUGUGGUGACAGUUACAGAUGUGAAUGAUAAUGUACCGGUAUUCUCACCAAGUCAUUACAAGGUGACUGUUGCUGAAAAUACCACCGUUGGCACCAGUAUCUCUCAACUACAUUGCACUGAUAGUGACCUGGGCACUAAUGGGAAUCUCGUGUACAGCAUAUCAGAAGGGGAUCCUGGUGGUUACUUCAACGUCUCAUCCAAUGGAAKUGUUACAACUAUUAAACAACUAGACUACGAGACACUACAGUCUUAUGCCUUAACGGUUCAAGCACGUGACAGUAGUUUACCAAUUAGCGCGCAACUUGUCUCUGAAACUCAUCUUGACGUCAUAGUCGGGGCUAUCAAUGAGCAUGCGCCUGUUUUUAGCCAAUCAGAUUACAAGGYUACGAUAAGUGAGAACAGUACUAUCGGGACUUCUUUGCUGGAUGUCGAUGCGACCGACAGCGAUUUGGGACCUCAAGGUACAAUCUCAUUCUCGAUAUCAAGUGGAUCUCCUUUCUACAUCGAUGGAAACUCUGGCAUUAUUUUCUUGAAAGAACCGCUGGAUUACGAGACUGUGGCUUCGUAUUCCCUGGUAAUUACAGCUACUGAUAGUGAUACAGAUUCUCCCAAAGCUUCAACAGUGAAUGCAACCAUUCUGAUAAAUGAUGAGAAUGAUAACGCUCCUACAUUCACACCAUCAGUAUAUAGUGUUACGAUAGCAGAGAACGCUACGGUUGGUACUAGUGUGUUAUCUCUGACAUGCGCAGAUGCUGACUCGGGAACCAAUGGACAAUACAACAUGGCGAUCGUUUCUGGUAACACUGGUACUGGAUUCUCUAUUAAUAAUGCUGGUGUGGUUACUGUGGCAACGAGCCUCGAUAUGGAGACCACCCAAUCGUAUUCCUUGGUAAUCACAGCCACAGAUCAGAACACGUUUACUAAACUCACUGGAACAGCAAAAGUAUUUGUUACGAUCACAGACAUAAAUGAGCWCACUCCGAUAUUCACCAAUGGAGGUUCAUAUACAGCCUCUAUAUCAGAAAACUUAUCAAUAGGCUCCCUCGUCACCAACGUCUCCGCUACAGACAAUGACCACGGGCAGAAAUACGGCGUGGUUACCUACAAUAUCACUUCUGGUAAUAAAGAAGACAACUUCGUCAUCAGGCCUCUAGACGGUGCUGUGUUUGUGAAAAAGGCACUCGAUAGAGAAUCCAUAGCUUCUUACACUCUACAGAUCAAAGCCACUGAUCAAGAUCCAGUUUCUCCUAAAUCAUCCAUAGCAACUUUAUUGAUAACUGUCUUAGAUGAGAACGACAACGCUCCUCUGUGUAACCCGACGAUAUAUAGCAAGUCCAUAGCAGAAGACGUUGCCAUAGGAACGCAAGUGGCUCAGAUCACGUGCACAGAUAAUGACGUAUCACCGAAUAUCAUUACGUCAUAUGUUAUAACAUCAGGAAACUCAACGCUUUUUCAAGUUUCCGCUUCUGGGCUUGUGACGACAGCAGGUGCCUUGGAUUACGAAUCAGUCAAGGAAUAUGUUCUAGUAAUCACCGUCACAGAUGGAGGAACGAUUACUAAGUCAAGUCAAGUCACUAUUAGUGUUCAAGUUUCUGGUACCAAUGAGCAUGCGCCAGUAUUUGGAAGUUCGCUUUACAGUGUCAGUCAUUUAGAGAAUUCUGCAAUUGGCUCAACCAUAGCAACAGUUGUAGCUACAGAUCAAGACCAUGGUGGUGAUGGAUCAUUCUCUUUCUUUAUCUAUUCCGGAAAUGACGAGGGUCGCUUCCUCAUCGAUUCUUCUUCCGGUGAAAUAGAACUGAAAAGACCUUUUGAUAGAGAAUCGUUGGACUUCUACAAUAUUACAAUCGGCGCAGUGGAUUAUGGCACUCCAAAUAAAACAAGUGUCACAACAGUUAGUGUUASUGUAUUGGAUAUCAACGAUAAUGCACCUAAUUGUAGCCAAUUAGCGUACGUUCUUCAAGUGCCUGAGAAUAAGACUAUCAAUAGUACUAUAGUUAGUCUGGAAUGCAUUGACUUUGACAAGGAUUAUAACUCUCUGAUAACGUACAGCAUUAUUUCAGGAAAUACCAACUCUGAUUUCGCCAUCAACAACGCCACAGGAGUCGUAACACUCGCAAAUUCCUUAAACCGAGAAUCCAUUGUCUACUACGACGUCAUCGUUGUUGUGCGUGAUAAUGGAUCUCCUUCUCUCAGCACCCAAGUGUCGGUCAGCAUAGAAGUAACAGCAAUCAAUGAGUACACGCCUACCUUUACCAACAAUGGAUUUUACAAUAUAACACUAAAUGAARAUGUUGCAGUAGGGACGACUGUCUUGAUUGCGCAUGCGCAUGACAGCGACAGUGGUAACCAAGGUCACGUAGUAUAUAAUAAAAUAAGUGGUGACGUGGAUGGUACGUUUCUGCUUGAUUUUAAAACUGGAGAGAUUGUGCUUAAGAAAACUUUGAAUUUCGAGAAACGGUCUUUUUAUAGCUUGGUUAUCAGAGCAACUGAUAGUGCUUCAGGGUCGAACGUGGCAAAAUCUAGCGACGCGGUGGUUAAUAUUACAAUAAACGAUGUUAACGAUAACACUCCUUUCUGCUAUGAGAACUUUAAAGUCAUUCAAAUACUGGAAUCGGCUGUUGCUGGUACGACUGUCUUCAGGGCAAACUGUACAGACUUAGAUUCAGCAGACAGCGGCUCACURAGCUAUCAAAUUGUAACAGGGAAUGACGACAUGAAAUUUAACGUGACGUCAACAGGUGACAUCAUGUUAAUCAGCCCACUGAGUUUUGAGGUGACGUCRAUGUAUAACCUUAUUGUAGCCGUCAGCGAUGCUGGGAUACCGUCCAAAUCGACCAAUAUAUCUUUGACUAUUGAUAUUCAGCCUGUUAAUGAGUUUGUACCGACCUUUGCUCAGGGAAAUUAUUAUCAAUUGGAUGUACUGGAGAAUAUAACCUUAGGAACAGUUAUUUUUAAAGCUCAAGUGCAAGAUAACGACAAGGGUAUUCAUGGCUCCUUCAAAUACAAACUAGAAACUGGAAACGAACAGGGGAAGUUCUACCUUGAUCCAGUCAGCGGUCGCUUGAUAUUGGUAUCACAACUGGACACAGAAACAUUGGAUCAUUAUAACAUUACGAUUGUAGUACAAGAUGGCGCACUUCAAGAAUCAGACAUAAAGCGUUCAAAUGUAACGGUUUAUAUUAAGGUGUUGGAUGUGAACGACAAUGAACCACAAUGCACGCCAAGUCUGUACUCUGUUGAGUUAUCAGAAAGUAUCACAGUUGGAUCUAACAUCACCACUAUCAUCUGCACUGACCAAGACGCACUGGGACCCAACAGUCAACUCACGUACACAUUCGACAGCGGGAAUACUGGGAACCACUUCAGAUUACAAAACAACACAGUCAUAGUUGCAAGUAGCCUUGACCAUGAAACGUAUAAAGAGUAUAGUCUUGUCGUCAAUGUAUCUGAUGGAGGAUCACCUGCCUACGUCACUGUUGUCAUGGUGACUGUCUACGUAAGACCGGAGAAUGAUUACGCGCCAUUGUUUCAAUACUCGAAUUACUCUACGAAUAUUUCAGAAUGGACUGCAAUAGGCACGAAGAUAUUGGACAUAAACGCUACUGACGCAGAUAGAGGUAUCCAUGGCAACCUUGAGUAUUACAUCACUUCCGGUUUAAAUGGAGGGAUUGACUUUAUGUUAGACAAGGUAACAGGUGUUAUUGAGGUUGGAUCUCCACUGGACCGUGAGACGCGGGAUACCUAUGUUCUGAAUAUUACAGUUAAAGACAAGGGGUUCAACGAACAAGAAAGGUUAUCCCAAGUGAUCUUGGUUACUAUACUAAUAACUGAUGAAAACGACAACCCGCCGAUCUUUACCAAUGAYAUCUACACUACCACAAUACCAGAGGACAUCCCUGUUGGCAACUCCGUUGCCAAGGUUACCACUACAGAUGCGGAUAUUGGUAAUAACUCAGUACACACGUAUUCUAUAACAGGGUCCCGGGCUGGAUUCCUGAACUCGGGAACACAGUUUCCGAGUUUGCUAGGAGGWGAUGGUGUAGGGAAAUUCUCCAUCGUCCAAUCAACAGGCAUCAUUACUGCAUUACCAGGUCUGGAUUACGAGACCAAAGCAACAUAUUACCUGUCAAUCACAGCACRAGAUGGAGGCUCGCCCCAGCUCUACUCGGUUGCAGGAGUACGCAUUUCCCUUUCAGAUGUAAAUGACAACGAACCAGUUUUUAGUCCUACACUUUAUCUUACAAGCAUUCUCGAAACUACUUCUGCCGGAAGUGAUGUCAUACCAGUUUAUGCUAAUGACAUAGAUACGGGGUCUAAUGCAAAAAUAUUGUACUCGGUGGUUGGAGGCGAUCCUAAGAAUCAGUUUGAUGUUGUGAAUAACACUGGAAUGAUACGAACAAAAAAKAACCUUGAUCGUGAAGACAUCUCGUCUUACGAGCUUGUUAUACAGGCGAAAGACACAGGWAUCCCAUCUCUUACUGAGACGGUAACAGUUMACAUAACCAUACUAGAUGUCAAUGACAACAACCCGGUCUUUGGGAGCUCAUCGUACACUGUAGCGGUAGCAGAAGAUGCACCCAUAGGGUUCAACUUUUUGAACAUUUCCGCAACAGACGCUGAUAGUGGACAGAACGCUAAGAUAACGURUUCUAUUGUCAGUGGUAAUACAGGAAACAAGAUAGCUAUCGAUCCAAGCAAAGGAGUCAUGUCUAAUACAGGAUUAUUUGACAGAGAAAAUAUAGCAAGCUACCAACUGACCAUCAAAGCAGAAGACUCAGGGACACCUCCAAAGUAUUCAACUACAAACGUCCAUGUACGUAUUGUAGACCGUAACGAUAACACACCAUCAUUCACAGACACAGACUACAGCUUUGCAGUAACAGAAAACCAAAAUAUCRGGCUUUUUAUUGGUGAAGUCCAAGCCACAGAUGUUGAUAAUGGCACGCAUGCGCAGCUGGUGUAUAGUAUUGAGCCUGGUACCCAUAGCAACCAUUUUACUAUUAAUCCACUCAAUGGCCGAAUGUAUACAGCGAUAUCUCUGGACAGAGAGUCUGUGUCUUUCUAUCGAUUAAAAGUGAAAGUCAUGGACUCGGCCACUUACCCCAACCAGCUAUACAAUAUAACAACAGUUUCGAUAACUGUUUUGGACUUGAACGAUAACGCACCCGAAUUCCCUAAAUCGUUGGAUAACGCUUCAGUGGCAGAGAACUCGCCAUCCGGGACAUUGGUUACCAGGGUGACAGCGACAGACAGAGACCAUGAUGCUAAUGCACGGGUGAAAUACAGUCUCUCGCAYGACAACCCAAGUGUAGAGUACUUUAGAAUAGAUUCAUCGUCCGGAGAGUUGUUAGUUAAUAGUGCACUGGACUAUGAGAUCAAACAAGCAAUCGAACUUACUAUUACUGCAAAGGAUGAUGGGUAUCCAUCGAUGUCAGGAACAAYGAGGCUAAGGAUAGAUGUGAUUGAUGUCAAUGAUAAUGCACCUGUGUUAAGUGCAAGUUUCUACGAGGCUGAAAUACGAAGCGAUCGGUCCCUUGGUCCCCCAGCUAUUCUGACGUUGAACGCUACCGAUAAGGACAGUGGUCAAAAUGGUAAUAUUACUUACGAUCUAGAAAGCGAGCAACAACUGUUCGCUCUCGAUACGUUUACUGGAGAAAUUACCCUUAAAGCGUCACCGGGAAGUGGUCAAAAGUACACAUUCAGAGUACGUGCUAGUGACAAUGGCGCUACUCCUUUACACAGUAAUUACGCUAACGUACGAAUCGACACUAUAGAGGCUGAGCAAACAAUGGUCGACAUCACCUUAGAUAUCACUCAGGAAGAGUUCGAGGCAAAUAAACAGUACUUUUUAGAGAAACUCUCAGCAAUGCUUGGGGCUGAUGUUAGGAUUGCUGAGAUACGCGRGGAAAGUGAUAAGAAAAAGAGGAAGAGAAGAGAAACGAAAAAAGGGAUAACGAUUACUUUUUAUGCUGUGACGAACCCCUCAACUAACGCAACGGACGUACAAGAGAAAAUAAGCCAGGCCAAGAAAUACCUAUCACGUGAUUCCAUCCUCCAAGUCCUAUUGGACGAAAACGGGAACCUCAAUCCCGUUUUGACUAAUAGCACUGAACUUGGGAAUUUCAAGAUAUCAAAAAUAGAAGCAACCAAACCCACUGUACCUCCCGAACCUUCCUUCAUCCAAACAACCGAGGGAAUUGCAACACUUGUGUGCUGCACAUUUCUCUUAGUGCUUGCAAUAAUUACAGUGCUAUGCCUUAGAAUGAAACACAUAAAACGCAAGCGACAAGAGCAGCUUCGCCAACCUCAUUUGAGACCCAAAAAAGGAGUCGUGGAUCCUUCAGACUUCCCAAUAUACAAGCCAAAAGCUCAACAUUCGAAGAUAAUGACGUUGCCUCCGUCAGGGACUUUCAUUAGUGCUGGACAGGAAACAAGACAAUUCGACGGGAAAGCUAUCGACCUUGCAACUGGCCGUACCUAUGCGUAUAAUAAAAUAACAGGAGAAAGAUUCUGGCUGGAUGAAGACAAACCAAACCGACACAAGCCCCAACCUCAGGUUGGCAUGCAAUCGAGGCAAGAAGGGCACAAUCUAAAACAACACCAGGAAUACACCAGGCCACGUGAAAGUAACAUCAUUUUUGAAAAUCAAAGAAAUGGUCGGCCUGGGUCUUACGAAAGAAUUCAGUUCAAAUCCCAGCGUGAUUUUAAUAGACGACAAGUGAAAGACUCGCACGAGGCCGUGUUCGAAAAUCCAAGGAGAGUUCCGGCUUCUUACUAUGACAAUGCCCACCUACCUGGAACUCCCGAGUGAUACAUAUCAUUUUUUUUUUUAUUUUAUGAGAGAUGCAUGCAGGUAAAGAUUUUAAAUUUUAUAGAAUAUGGCAGAAGCCUUAAGAUAAUCUCUCAGCACAAAGUCCAGAAUGCUGUAUUGGACUAUAAUACUUAGUAAUAUAAAACCUACUCAUGGUCUAUCACUAAUGCUGCGCUCUGAUAGGCUGCAUCACUAGUGGUCUAUUUGUGAUAAAAGUGAGAAGGAAAGGAAUGAAAAGGAAGAAAGGGACAAGAGAGAAAGUGGGAAGGAAAAGAAAAGGACAGCAAGAAAGAUAAAAGGCAAAUAGAAGUAAAGGAAAUGAAUACGA